AUGGCACCGCUAACGAAACCUAGUCAAGAAGAGGUCGACCGACGGAGGACGAUCGGAGUCAACCUCGAGACGGUCACAAAUGUCUCGGCCACCGAUUUCCCCGGCAACUACCCCGGUGAGGACCUAGCGUGGGACGUCGACGAGUUCCGUGACAGUCUGAAGGUCGUGUUCCACAAAAAUGAGCCGUACGAUGCGGCAUUCUCGAUCGUAGGCAUCGACGCCAGCAUCGCCAACGCCUUCCGCCGCAUCAUGAUCGCCGAGAUCCCGACGGUCGCCAUCGAGACGGCAUUCAUCGACAACAACACCUCUGUGAUCCAGGACGAGGUGCUCGCACACCGCCUGGGCCUGAUCCCGUUCCGUGGCGGCAAGGACGGCCUGCGCAACUUUAUCAAGUUCUGGAAGCGCCCGGCGGCCGACGCCGACCCGAGCGAGUUCCCGACGUCGUUUGACUACAACACACUCAAGCUGGACCUGCGUGUCGAGUGCACGCGCAACACCGCCGCCGCGCCCGGCGAGACCGACCCCACGAAGCUCUACCACCACGCGCACGUCUACGCCAAGGACAUUGUGUUUGUGCCGGAGGGCCGGCAGCCUGAGUACUUUUCGGGCGACGACGCCAUUGUGCCCGUCAACCCGGACAUUCUGGUGGCGAAGCUGCGGCCCGGCCAGGUCAUUGACAUUGAGAUGCACAUGCACAAGGGUGUCGGCGGCGACCACGCCAAGUUCUCGCCCGUGUGCACGGCGUCGUACCGCCUGCUGCCCAUCAUCCACAUCACGCAGCCCAUUGUGGGUGCCGACGCCAUCAAAUUCGCAAAGUGCUUCCCCGAGGGUGUGAUUGGCCUCGAAAAGGUCACAAAAAAGAUGGCCGAGCAGGACAAGGCAUACGCGGAGCACGUGGGCGAGACGCGCGCGACUGUCGUCGACCCAAUGCGCGACACGGUCAGCCGCGAGUGCCUACGGCACCCCGAGUUCCAGGGCAAGGUAAAACUGGGUCGGCGCAAGGACCACUUUAUCUACUCGGUGGAGAGCACGGGCCAGUGGGACAGCGACGAGCUGUUCCUGGAGUCGGUCAAGAUGCUCAAGGCCAAGUGCCAGAAGCUGGAGAAGCAGGUCAAGAACAUGAUCCGCUGA